GCCAAGGCCGUCGGGGCGCUCCGGGGCCGCCUCGCGUGACCACCCGCGCGCGGCGACCCAAGCUGGAGUCCGACAGGCUUGGACUGUCCCGGCGCGCCCCGCCCCCCGCAAGCCCCGCCCCUGUCAGGUCCCGCUGCCUCCUCCCCCACACAGACCUUAAAAAAGAGAAGCGGGAUGGCGCGUUUUGACUCUCCCGAGUGACUGUGCAAACGGGCCACGCCUGUGCGACGCCAGCUGUCAGAGCCGUGCGGGGGGCGUGGGGGCUGGGAAUUGACUCUAUUCAUCGACCCGCAGUCGCAAUCCCCACGCACUGAGAAAACCCUGACUUUGCCGAGGCCCAGGUGCAGCGGGGCUCUGCAAAGAAGGCACCUUUCUCCGCCCCCAUCCCAAUCCAAGCGCCUCUGGCUCUGACGACGCCUAGAGACUCCAGAGUGGGCGCUAAAGUUCCCAGACCUGGCAACAGGUGUCCAGGGCGGGCCUCCGACUUCCUGGAGACACUUAGGUUGCGGUCUUGAAUCCCACAAAGGCCCCAAUCCGUCCUCGGAGCCGGCCGUCUGGCGCUGCUGGAAACCGCGCCGCCUUGCAGCAUGGCCACCAGCCUCAGCCCGGACGAGCAUCUGCCGCCUAUCCCUCUGUCGGCCCAGCAGACCACGCUCCUGUUGCUGCUCUCGGUGCUGGCCGCGGUGCACGUGGGCCAGUGGCUGUUGAGGCAGCGGCGGCGGCAGCCGGGGUCCGCGCCCCCGGGUCCCUUCGCUUGGCCGCUGAUCGGAAAUGCGGCGUCGAUGGGCCCGGCGCCUCACGUCUCGUUCGCACGCCUGGCGCGGCGCUACGGCGACGUCUUCCAGAUCCGCCUGGGCAACUGCCGGGUGGUGGUGCUGAACGGCGAGCGCGCCAUCCGCCAGGCCCUGGUGCAGCAGGGCGCCGCGUUCGCCGACCGGCCGCCCUUCGCCUCUUUCCGCGUGGUGUCUGGUGGCCGCAGCCUGGCUUUCGGCCAGUAUUCGGAGAGCUGGAAGGCGCAGCGGCGCGCGGCGCACAGCACGAUGCGAGCCUUCUCCACGCGCCAGCCGCGCGGCCGCCGGGUGCUCGAGGGCCACGUGCUGGGCGAGGCGCGGGAGUUGGUGGAGCUGCUGGUGCGCGGCAGCGCGGGCGGCGCCUUUCUCGACCCGCGGCCGCUGACCGUGGUGGCCGUGGCCAACGUCAUGAGCGCCGUCUGCUUCGGCUGCCGCUACAGCCACGACGACGCCGAGUUCCGAGAGCUGCUCAGCCACAACGAGGAGUUCGGGCGCACGGUGGGCGCGGGCAGCCUGGUGGACGUGCUGCCCUGGCUGCAGCGCUUCCCCAACCCCGUGCGCACUGCCUUCCGUGAAUUCGAGACGCUCAAUCGCAACUUCAGCAACUUCGUCCUAGACAAGUUCCUGAGGCACCGUGAAAGCCUUCGGCCCGGCGCCGACCCCCGCGACAUGAUGGACGCCUUCAUCCUCUCGGCGGCAAAGGAAGUUGCCCCGGGCUCUGGCGACGGCGGCGCGCGGCUGGACGAAGAGUACGUGCCGGCCACCGUCACAGACAUCUUCGGCGCCAGCCAGGAUACUCUCUCCACCGCGCUGCAGUGGCUGCUCGUCCUCUUCACCAGGUAUCCGGAAGUGCAGGCUCGGGUACAGGCAGAACUGGAUCAAGUGGUGGGUAGGGACCGGCUGCCCUGCCUGGACGACCAACCCCACCUGCCCUACGUCAUGGCCUUUCUUUAUGAAGCCAUGCGCUUCUCCAGCUUUGUGCCCGUCACCAUUCCUCACGCCACCACGGCCAACGCUUCUGUCUUGGGCUACCACAUCCCCAAGGACACGGUGGUUUUUGUUAACCAGUGGUCCGUGAAUCAUGACCCAGUGAAAUGGUCUAACCCAGAAGACUUUGAUCCAGCCCGAUUCUUGGACAAGGAUGGCUUCAUCAACAAGGACCUAGCCAGCAGUGUGAUGAUUUUUUCAGUGGGCAAACGGCGGUGCAUCGGGGAAGAGCUUUCCAAGAUGCAGCUGUUUCUCUUCAUCUCCAUCCUGGCUCAUGAGUGCAAUUUCAGGGCCAAUCCAGACGAGCCUUCGAAAAUGGAUUUUAAUUACGGCCUGACCAUUAAACCCAAGUCAUUUAAAAUCAAUGUCACUCUCAGAGAGUCCAUGGAGCUCCUUGAUAGUGCUGUCCAAAAGUUACAAGCUGAGGAAGACUGCCAGUGAGAAGCCAGAGGCAAGCAGAAAUUUUAUAAGUACACAAGUUUUGGGGGAUGGAGUGUAAAAUUAAGGUUUUGUUUUUUUUUCCUAGCUCCUCCAUGCCACUUUCUCAAUUAGCCUCUAAAGUGAGCAUAAACCAACUGACCCGCAGAUGAUGUGCUUUGCACACAUGUCCUCAGAGCAGUGGGCUGUGUAGGAGCUCCAGGAGAUAUUUUGAGUCAAAGAAUUAAAGGACCCAAAGAAUUUUUAUACAUAUAUUGAACGUUGGUAAUAAUAAUUUCUUGAGGGAGCAUUCUUUGGAGUUAAAACACACAUGUGCAUAUAUACAGAACUACCUAAUAAAGAAGCAUUUUAGUAACCAUGCCUUGUCGGGUGGGAUCCAAGAUUGAUGUUCUGUGUGCUGAAGUCUGCUCCAUAGAAAACCGUAUUAAGCAAAGUGUCAGGAAAUAUUGUUGAAUAUGCAAAGGCAAAUAAUUUCAGUGUAAGACAUGUGAUUUGGGGUGAUAAGGGAAAAAGUAAAGACCAGAAAUUCCCUUCUCACCUUUUCAAUAAAAUAGCUUAGUUAGGCUCUAAUAUCUGUGGAUGGGUUUAUCUUUUUGCCAACUGAUGUGCUUCCUGUUACUUUUCUGGAUGAGUCAUAAAGUUAUUUGCUUGGAAAGAAAUUAAUAGCAGUUGAUUUAGUGGGUUUCAGUGAUUUCAUGAAUUUUAAAGUGUAAAUUGUUAAAUUGUAAAAAAUUCCAAGCUGAAGUCAUACCGCUCUUGGUUGCUGAAGUACAGAAUUUCAAUCAUGAGAAAAAAAAUUUACCAGCUUAGCUAAGCUUUAAGUUGUGUGAUUGUAAUGUACUGACUUCAGUAAAUCUCAUAGGUUAAAAAGUCACCAAGUAGUGUUCAAUAUGGGUACAUAUAUUACAUAAUUAUUCAGAAGCAAUAUGUAUUAGUUAUUUUAUUAUUAAACAGUAUUAAUUAUUUUGGUCAAGAAAGGGUUGAAAAGUGUCUUUUAUAACGUCAUAGCAAAUAGAAAAGUACAACUAAUUUAACCAAUUUUGGUUCAAAUACAUGGUAUGACCUUGAUUAAAUCAACUGUUUUUGACAUCAUGGAAACCAAGUUGAAGCAAAGUCUCUUCUCUCAUCCAAAAUUUGAAUGAAAAAUCUCAAAAUUAGAUCUGCAAGAUGUGUUCCUCAUCACUUUACAACAUGCUUAUUAAAAUUAUAUUCACAAUACAGAAUCUUUUUUUGAAAUUGAUCUAGUUAAUAUGUUUUAAUUCCAAACUCUUGACAUGCUUAAAUUUUAAUUAUAUUUUAAAGCCAUUCUGAUUACUGAGUUCUAGGAAGUUAGUGGAAAUCUGACCAUUAGCCUGUGGAAGGCAGAGAGAUCGAAGCUGUGUCUGCCUGGGGAAUAAUGAAAAAAUGCAAUGAAUUAUCUGGUUGUUCUUUAUUAAAUAACAAGGGGGAAAAUUCCCAUUAUAGUGGACCUAGUUUCUCUUUUAAAUGAUUUUUUUCAAAAAAUAGCAUUGGUGUUUGUGUUUUGGAAAGUCAGAAUCAGUCUUGGGAAGUUGUUUGGAGGAUUGCAUUGAAUUUCAGUGGAGCCAGUCGGAUCAGUUGUGCUAUUUAAGAUGGCCAACCCAGCGAGCAGUCACUUUGGUAACUGUGAAAACAUAAAGCUUGAACAAAAUAUAUAUGUUCAGUUUAUGUAAAUAACCUGAAAACCUUUUUUAAAAAGUGAUGGAAGAUUGACAAUGUACAAAGUGAAGUUUGGAGUUUUAAGGUUUUGCUCGCAGACGUCCAAAAGAAGUUGUGCAGUGUCCUAAAAGCUUACUGCUUGUUACAUUUCAUUAAGCUUUUAGGAAACUUUUUAUCAAAAUUAUAAAGGGAGGAGUGUAUGAUGGUUGUGGGGUCUGGUAAGAGAAAGGAGUGGAAAAAAAAAGAAAAGGAAGAAAGAUGGGUAGACAUUCUCCUACUCCUUCAAAAUUAAUUAGUUUGAAGUACGAAUAUUUAGAAGAAAGAUGUUCCACGUGCCAGUGUUGAAUCCCAAAUAGAUUUUUAAAAAUCUACAACAUAGCAACUCUAUUUUAUGAUUUGGAAUUUUUAUUAAUAAAAAUUUUAUAUAAUUUUAAUUAAUAAAAUCUCACAGCUGUACCUCUUGAAUAUGAAAACACUGUGCCAGUAUUUUUUAAAGGCACUAAAGUCAACUGUAGAAAUCAGGCUUACCCAAUACAUUUCAAUUUGGGGGGUACUGGCCAUUCCAAAACAUUGUUACCCACCCUUCCCUGCACCCCACCCCCUGCAGGGCUGAGACAGUAAUUUGGGGCUGCCCUAGCCUGCUUACUCUGAGAGAUGUGUGGCAGCAAAAGCGAUCAUGUACCAACCUGGAUGCCUGCUUAAGUCAACCGGGUCCAGAUGUGCUGUAGCCGGUUUUUAUGUCCGUAGGCUCGGUUCAUCUGGCACUUUCGGCAGUGGGCUGAGGUAGAAGAAAGUAAGGUGGGGGAUUUCCUGGUUUAUUUAAUAUGUUUGUAACCCAGUUAAAGGAAGGAAAGCAAAACCAAAAACAAACAAAUAAAAAUAACCAAAUUUGGGGGCUACCGUAAUCAGGUUACUAGCUUGAUCAGAAAAUCUAAUUUUAUUUCUGCCAGAGAAAGAAUGUAUUUGCUGGUCACCAUUUUAGUCAGAACAUCUACUCCAGGUUAUUACAAUAGUUAAAGUAUAUUGUUUAUUAAAUGCUUCAUUUAUAUGUUAAAGCUUUGACUUUGUAAGGAAACUGCUUUUUUUCCAAAACAAGAGGAAGAUGUCUCAGGUUUGUUUUGUGGAUUAUCUAAAAGCUUUCAUGUCUCAGAACUUAGCCUUUACCUGUGAAAUGCUAUUAUGGCCUUAAUAUUUUCAUAUCACAUCUAUAUUAGAUCAAAUAGUUGCACAACAUUAUGUAUUAAUUUGUAUGUUUUUUAGCUAUGACACAUCUGUGUAAUACAAAGGUAUACUUUAGUAGAUGUUUAUAAUUCAAGGAUAACUUCUUAUUUAACCUUUUCUUGUUUUUGUAUUUUAUCAUGUAUGCUUUCCAUCUGUACAUAGCAACUGUAAUACAUAGUUGUAACCGAAAUAGAUUUGGGGGACACAGCAUUAAUAUGUGGCUUUUACUGUUUGAUAUACCAAAUUUAAAAAAUUCUAUACUUGUAAUUACCUGUAAUAGGACACCAUUACCAAAAUAAUAAAA